CGUGUUGUGAUAACGAGGUGCAGCUGCGGUACUUGAGGAGAGGUAGACGUCAAAAAAAGGACAGGAGACUGGGCCGACCAGCGGACGCAGAGAGCAUAAAUGGCCUCGGUAACUGCAGAUUGAAGGAUGGGCUCCAUGGUAGCGCAGCCAUGGCCAGAUCCACUAACAAGAGUGCCGAGGACGGGGACCCACGGGUAACCGCCCCCACGGACCGCGGAGAGGCGCGGGACCUGGCCGAGCCCCGGGAACUGUCUCUGGAGGAGGUGCUGAAGUCGUACGAGCAGCCCAUCAACGAGGAGCAGGCAUGGGCGGUGUGCUACCAGUGCUGCAGCGGGCUGAGGGUGCCCCGCCCGGCAGGGACAGUCAAGCAUGUGAAGGACCCGUCCUCUAUCCUCCUUCAAAGGGACGGAACCGUGUUACUAAAGCCGGAGCCCCGGACCAACGAUGACACUGAUGGACCUUCUCAUCCACCUGCAGAAGAGCGUCAGGUGGUUCAGUCACUGGGCGUGGCCAUCUACCAAGCUCUGGACUGGGGGCUGGAUGACAGCGAAGAGCGGGAGUUGGGCCCACAGCUGGAGCGCCUCAUCGAACGCAUGGCCGGGGGAGACCAGGCAGGAGAGAGCGACAGCUCUAUUGGGAACAGUACAACAGAUGAGGGCUACAGUGGGCAAGAGGAAGAGGAAGAAGAGGAGGAGGAGGAGGAGGAGGAGGAGCAGGAGGGUGUGAUAAGGCCAGUGUGUACGUUCCACCAGGUGAUGGCACUGUGUGCGUCUCGCCUGGCCAACCCCAGCUUGGCUCCAGAGCACUACCAGGCUGUGUGCAGGGCUCUGUUUGUGGAGACUCUGGAGCUGCAGACCUUCCUCAUCAGGAUAAGAGAUGCUAAAGAGAUGCUGAAGAAAAUCACAACAGAGGAAUCUCUGGAGGAUAGAUCGACAGUCGAGCUGGACGCUCUGAAACACAGAGACUGGGCCCGGCUGUGGGUGCAGCUGAUGAAGGAGCUGCGGCAGGGAGUGAAGCUGAAGAAGGUGCAGGAGCAGCCUUUCAACUCGCUGCCCACCGAGUUCAGCCUCACUCCCUUUGAGAUGCUGAUGCAGGAUAUACGAGCUCGCAAGUUCCAGCUACGCAAAGUCAUGGUAGAUGGUGAUAUUCCUACCAGAGUGAAGAGAAAUGCUCAUGAAAUGAUUCUGGAUUUCAUCAGAUCAAGACCUCCACUUAAACCAGUUUCAGAGCGCAGCCUCCCUCCUCCUCCCCCACAGCAGCAGUCUCUCCAUGACCUGGUCUUGGCCGAGAUCAAGCAGGAGAGAAAGCUCCGGCCUGUGGACCACUCUGUCUCCAGACCGUUUGGCUCUCUGCCCUGCCUGGCUCAAACUUGUCCUUGUAAUGUCAAAUCCACAUCGUGCAUCGACCUAUCCGUGUCUGAGCUUGGGUGCCGCCCGCCGCCCCGCCCUCGUGUCUUGCUCAAGGCUCCCACUCUGGCUGAGAUGGAGGAGAUGAACAUAUCUGAGGAGGAGGAAUCUCCAGAUAGCAGCGAGUUGAGGAGGGCAGAGAGCUCACCCACACCUCUGAAAAGAGAUCGCUCCUUCUCAGAGCACGACCUGGCCAUGCUUCGCGGUGAGAUGCUCCCGUCGUUCUCGGAGUCAACCCAGCUGGGUGGUGGGGUCAGGCUGAGAGGGGAGAGGCCUCGGUCCCGGACGCUGACCGGCUCUGGCCCGCCUCCCAAUCACAGAGCUUCCUUCCCAGUUCACGGCUGGGUGCCGCCCUCUCCAGCCCGUUUGUCUCUGAGUUCAGUCGAUGAAACCACUGAGCCAUCAGAAACGAGGACUAGCUCCAGAACUGCAGAAGAGAACCAGUGGAUGGAGGAGUUCAGCCACCCUGUGGAGAGUCUUGCCUUGACGGUGGAUGAGGUCAUCAACGUGCGCAGAGUCCUGGUCAAAGCAGAGAUGGAGAAGUUUCUUCAGAGCAAAGAGCUGUAUAAUAAUCUCAAGAAAGGAAAGGUUUGCUGCUGCUGCAGAGUGAAAUUCCCUCUGUUCUCCUGGCCGUCCACCUGCUUACUGUGUAAAAGAUCUGUCUGCAGCUCCUGCAGUGCAAAGAUGAAGAUCCCCUCUAAGAAGAUGGCCCAUAUCCCUGUGUACACUGUCGGCUUCCACAGCACUCCAAAAAGCCAUGGACACAAAGGCCAAGUCUAUAAGUCCCUGCGCAGUUUAACCCGCCGCUCAGUGGAGGAGGAGUUUCCCCAUCUAUACGCACACGGCUGCACGCUGCGUGACAUCUGUGCUGAAUGCACCAAAUUUGUGGCUGAUGUCAUUUCCUCCAGCCGCCGGAGCCUGGACUUCCUCAACAACACUCCCAAGAGGGAGGCCAAAGCUGCUGCUGCUGCUCCUCAGAGACCACUGCUUCAGCGUCAGUCUAGGCUGGAGACUUGUCCCCCACCUCCCCCCCAGUGUCACCCUCAGCUCCCUCCCCAGCGCCAUCAUCAACAGCUUUGCGUGACAUCGUCAUCUCUUUCGCCUCAGCUACACAACAAGGCCAUUAACAAUGUGAACCAGUGAACUGACAGACUGAUGUUUCAUCCCUUUUUCUCUCACGCUUUCACACAGACACUCUCCUUAAUGAGUAGUUCCCUCUGCACUCUGUGCACGCUCACAUGCACAGGAGAGAAAGGGUUCUUCAAGGGUUCUAGCGCUGACACAUCAGAUAACAAAACACCAAUAAAUGAGAACUUAUAAUCAGAGAAGACUGCUUGGUUGAAGCAUCUUUAACGGUUGUGCUUUGAUAUUAAAAGCUUUUAUGGAAAUGUGCAGAAAAAGGGGGGGGGGGGGGUCGUCUAACAACAUCACAUAAUGCACAUGCACAGAACCCUUCAGUCACUUUAAAGGUUUGAGAAAGAAGCAGUUAUGUGUGAAUCUGCUGUAUUUACAGCUCCAUGACUUCCCUCCCUACUGCUCACAGCUGCUGGGAGGCAGCACGGAAGGGUAGAGGGUGGUGUUUGGAGGACUAAACACUGUGAGGGAGGAGGUAGAGGGGGUGUUAAAUGUGGUGGUACUUUAAAGUGGAUAAAAACUGCACAACAGAGUCAACAUGUAACCUUUAGCAUUUUAGCUCCCUCUUGUUGCCUUGUUUUGUCAUGAAUGUAACCUAGAGACACAGAAACAGAAAUGUAAAGUUAUAAGCUCAUACACAGCAUAGCAACAUAUAUUUUCAAUCCUCCAAAAAGGGAUUUGUAACAAGUGGCUGCUGCAUAAUGACGCCUCUUUUGCAUUUUAGACAAGCUUGUGAAGUCCCAGGUACAGUUGGAUGGGGUACGAUAGCAGCGACACUGUGAAUGUAAUGAAGUGAAGCUGCACCUUUACCGCCGCAGCAUGAUGAUGCUGAUUAGACGCGAGCAGAUGAAACUACCGCCUCACACUCCCCAUAGACGCUUGCAAUCUGCUCUGGUUUUGUAAACACUAAGUAAACCUCAACUGCAAUAAAAUGUAA